CAGUCAGAGCUCUUGUUAGGCCAGUUUCCGUCUUCCUAUUAAGUGUCAUAUAGAAGUGGCGGUCAAAGUUUAUUUUUCACUGUUUGUCGGACAACACAAUAGUUUUAUACUUUUUAAUGUUACCAAAAUGUUUGGACUGGAAAUGUUUUGACUUGAAAUAUAGUACGAUACAACAAAAGCAGGGUGUUAUAUAAGGUAUUUGGUAUCAGACAGCAUCAUGCAUUAUUCCAGGGUUUGGAUUUUUGCAAUUCUACUGACAGUGUUUACAACAGAGUUAGAUGCAAAGAAGGGAGGUGGACACAGACGAGACAAUGAUAAGCGUGGUAGAGGUAAAAAUGAAAACCGAGGCAGGUCAGCAACUGUAUAUUUACCUCCAGUCAGUGGGCAAAGAAUAAGACUUGGAGGUGAAAACAGAACAUUUACUUCUGGAAAUAUAGAAGUCUUUGUGCGAAAUAAGUGGGGUAUAGUAUGUGAUGAUGCCUGGGAAAUCGAUGAUGCAGAUGUUGCAUGCAGGCAGCUAGGAUUCAGUGGUGGUGCAGAAAAAGUAACAGUUUCAGCAGAGUUUGGAGAAGGAUCAUGGAACGGAACUGAUAUUCUCAUGGAUGAUGUCGGAUGUAAUGGUCUGGAACAAAACAUUCUCACCUGUAAUUACGAGUAUCCCAGUAACUGUAUUACACUCGAAGCGGCUGGUGUUGUGUGUCAGUCAAACACAGGUUGCCCAGAAGGGUGGAUAGCAGGAAGUGAAAGUUGUUAUUUCCUGUCCAAGAUCCCAACAACACAGAAGAAGUUUGCUGUCAGCAAAUGUGCCAACAUAGGCGGCCAUCUUGUAAAUAUUGAAACAGAGACUGAAAACCAUUUCCUGUCAUCAUUGUUUGUUAAUACUCCAGAGCCUAUUGUAAUUGGAGGUAUCAAGAAAGGAAAGACUUGGAUGUGGGAAAAGGUUGAAAGGUCAUUGUCAGACAACUACAGAAGAAAAAGAUCCUCUAGAAGGCAUGGUUCAAGGCCUAAAGGAGAUUCUAGAGCACCGCGUCACAGUGGUCGUACAUCGAGCAGCAGUAGUUAUGAGAGUAUUGUACAAGUGUCUAUAGAUUAUUUCAAAUGGUUCCCUGGUUGGCUCCCAGGAAAUAAAAAAGCAGAACCAAGUGGAAAAAAGUCUGAGAAAUGCCUGUUUUUGAAAAAUUCAUUUGAUCAUCCGGAUAAGUCAGUAGGGGAGGUAAAUGUUGGAUAUUUAUAUUGGUCUGAUGAUGUCUGCCUUCGAAAGAAAAGAAGAAUGCGGAACGGUUUCCGGUACCUCUGCGAACGACCAAAGGAGGAAACAGAAGUAGAAGGCAGGUUGCCUGUAAGUUCUGCUGAAGAAUGUUACAGAGAUACUGGAACUGAGUAUCGAGGAACCCAAGCCAACACGGAAAAGGGUACAGAGUGUAUCAAGUGGUCAGACUCUAAGAAACACACCCCAGAAAAAUUUCCAGAUAAGGGUCUUGAAGGUCACAAUUAUUGUCGGAACCCGGAUGGUGAUGUGAGACCUUGGUGCUAUGUCAACAAUGAGGGAACGUUUGGGUUUUGUCCUGUCCCUCGGUGUCAGGACCAAGAUGUUGAGCAGGUUCCCAUGACAACAAGAGCACCUGUAGUUACAACCACAAGUGCCCCAGAAUGUCCUGACAACAAGUUCUACUGUGCACAGAGUGUGAAGUGUAUUAGUGAACAGUGGCAUUGUGAUCAUGAGCAUGAUUGUGAUUAUGCGGAGGAUGAAGCCGAUUGUGAUUACAAAAUAUCUCAGUUUGAUAUGACAGCAAAUAGAGGCAUACUUAGUAACCAUGUUAAGGAGACAUUCAUGGGCUCAUCAAAUGAAACUUGUGCUAAGCUGUGCUUGUCAAGAAUAUCGUAUGUAUGUCGUUCGUUUGCGUUUGAACCUGAAGAUCGUAGCUGUCAGUUAUCAGAUGUUAACACAGAGACCACUGUAGUGCCCUUCAUUUGGAAAUACAAGUCAUUUGUGUAUGAACUGGUCUCACAAAGAGAAUGUGAGGGUAUGUUUACCUGUGACAAUGGGAGAUGUAUUGACCAUACUCUUGUAUGUAACCAGCAUGAUGACUGUAAUGAUCUCAGUGAUGAACUGCUAGACACAGAGGAAUGCAGAUCUAAGGAUAAUGUUGAGGUGAGACUUGUAGGUGAAGAGGAGCAGGCAGGUCGUGUAGAGGUGAAAUAUCUUGGAGAAUGGGGUGUUAUCUGUGAUGAUAAUUGGGACAACAAAGAUGCCACAGUUAUCUGUAACAUGCUUGGAUACAAGGGUGCUACUGCCAUGGCAACAGGACAUUCUAAAUAUGGGAGUGGAAAUGGUAACUUCCUGUUGGAUGAAGUGGACUGUACUGGUAUAGAAGACUCUAUAAGUGAAUGUAAACACAAUGGCUGGAAGGUCAAUGAUUGUAGAUCAUUUGAAGUGGCUGGAGUUGUAUGUCAAGCACAGAAAGCUUGUGCUAGCAGCCAGUAUAGCUGUGGUAAUGGGCUGUGUAUAGAAGCAAGCCAGGUAUGUGACGGCACAUGUCAUUGUAACCCACAGUGCGAGGAUGAGAAUGGAGAUGGUGAAUCUGACUGUAGAUCUGCGGCGCUCGAAAUAGUAAACGGGCCCGUGACUGGUUCCGGUCGUGUUGAACUUGUGAGAAAUGGGUUGAGGGGAACCAUUUGUGAUGAUUCUUGGGAUAACAAUGAUGCAGCUGUCGUCUGCAGAAUGGUUGGUUACAGAUAUGGAGAAGCUGUGAGUGGGGGAACAUAUGGUGAAGGGACUGGGGCAAUAUGGUUAGAUGAUGUGGAAUGCAUAGGCACAGAGAUGUCUUUGUCAAACUGUAGAAUGAGCAACUGGGGAGUGACUGAUUGUAGCCAUUCUGAAGAUGCUGGUGUUAUCUGCUCAAACACACCACCACAAACAGAAACACCACAAAUUCCAGGAGGCUCAGUAAAGAUUUAUUUAGAAGAUGGUUUAGUGGAAGGAGAAGGUCGUGUUGAGGUGGAUAAUAAUGGUGAGCGUGGAACUGUGUGUGAUGAUAGCUGGGAUGACAAUGAUGCUACUGUUGUCUGUAAGAUGUUAGGAUACAGUUUUGGUAUAGCUCGUGUAGAAGCUUACUAUGGUCCAGGUAGUGACAGAUUGAAGGUUAUGCUUGACGAUGUUGAAUGUCUCGGUACAGAAACAUCACUGUUAGCAUGCAGGCAUGCUGGAUGGGGUACCAGCAACUGCGCACAUGGGGAAGAUGCUGGCGUUAAAUGUUAUAGUGGGGAAGAUGAUAAUGGUGAGGUUGAUACUGGCAGUUCUGAUGUGUUGAGUGGCGUUACCUGUGGUCUACGUCCAUUAGAAUCACAGUCCAGAAAGAAGCGAGAGGAACCUGGAGGUCCAGGGGAACGUGAACUUGAUUCACCCCCUAAAUUUGAACGUAUAAUUGGUGGAUUUACAGCAGCAAAAGGCUUUUACCCGUGGCAAGUGGGUGUGCGGAGACUGGUGUCCAUGGGGAUAUAUGGCCACUGGUGCGGAGGAACAAUACUCAGUGAACAUUGGAUACUCAGUGCUGCUCACUGUUUCUCGGAUUUAAGUAAGGGUCAUAUAGUGGUGAGGACUGGAGACCAUGAUAACAAAGUGGAGGAUGACUUCGAGCAGGAGUUUGAGCUAGAAUAUCUGAUCAAUCACAGACUCUAUGAUGAGAGCACCUAUGACUAUGAUAUAGCAUUACUGAAGAUAAAACAAAAAGAUGGAGCUGGUAUAAAGUUCAAUGAUCACGUGCAGCCGGCAUGCCUACCAGAGCAGACAACAGAGUAUGUGGAUGGUCAGAAAUGUCAUGUAUCUGGCUGGGGAAAAACUGAAUCUGGAUAUCAGAACCUGCUGAAAUCUGCAAGAGUUCCGAUCAUCGGUGAUGACACCUGUCAGAUAUUGUACAAAGAUAUUACAGACAAGAUGGUGUGUGCAGGGUACUUAGCAGGUGGUAUCGACUCAUGUGCUGGUGAUUCAGGUGGACCUCUUGUCUGUGAUAUUAAUGGACGUUACACUGUGAUGGGAGCCACAUCCUGGGGUGCUGGCUGUGCCGAGGCUAAUGCUCCAGGGGUUUACACUAGAGUUACAGAAUUUAUUCCAUGGAUUAAAUCAACAAUCAAACUAUACUCGUAGCAAACUUGUAAAACAGUCAUUUUGUACAUGCACCUUUUUGUAAACAUUUAUAUUCUUGUAAUUAAAUGAUAUUUUAUUGUAAUAAUUUU